AUGCCACGCAUUGAACCAAUAAGGUUAUUGAACUGUUUGGGUGUACUACUUUCACCAAGUGGCAGCAUUCGAUGCAAAGAUGUAAUUUAUCCACUGGUUGGGUUAAUGACCAAGUAUUCUAAGAAGCUUGUGUCAAAAUGUAUCUACAUACUUAUAUUAAAAUCUACAGAUUUAGAGCUAUUGGCUCUUUUUAUGGAUUGUGGUGGUUGGCGCCUUGUUCACAUGUGGUUAACAGAGAGUAUAGUGGCGAAAAAUUGGCCACUUGUGAGAGAAUUGUUAGAAUUGCUGCUACUUUGUCCUGUAAAUAUUGAAAGACUAAAAACAAAUAACAACCCAAAACUAGUAAAAGAAUUGUCAAAAGAUGGAAACCACUUUGAUAUUAGAGUAUUGGCAUCAAAAUUGGUGGAACAAUGGUUAAAAAUUGUAAAGGGUGAGCAAAUUACACCAAUUUUAAUAACAGAUAUACCACAGAUAAUCUCUGAUGCACAUCAGCAAGAUGUGAAAGCAGAAGCUGUUGAAUGUGAAACCAAGUUGUCGGAAAAUUUUGUAGAAAAUGUAGAUGAUAGUAAGAAUAACUUAAGUAAUAUUGAAGAAAAUGUUAAAAUAGAAACUUCACCAGAAAUUCAUGUUAAAAAUGAUGGAAAACAGAAGCAAGAAGAUCCACUGGACGUUAGUUCAGAGAAGGAACCGGAAUCUAUUCCUAUACUCAAAUUAAGUUUAAAAAAUGGUAAACAGGUCAUUUCACAAGUUCAUGUUAGCAGUCAGAAACAAGAUUCAACAGAUAAAGAAAAGUCACGAGAUAAAUUGAAAAGCAAGAGUAAAGAUAGAGAUAAGUCUUCAGACAGGAGAAGUAGUAGCAGCAGCUCUUCAAAAUCCAGCUCUUCAAAACAUUCAAGCAAAUCUUCAAGUGAUAAACAUAAGCAUCAUUCAAGUAGAAGCAAUGAUAGUAAAGAAAGGCCUAAAGAAAAAGACAAAGAUAAACAUAAGCAUUCAUCUGGGAGUUCUAAAUCUAAAAGCAGUAGUAAGAAGUCAAGUAGUUCUUCCAGUAGUAAAUCUAAGGAUGAUAAGAAUAAUAAGUCUUCAGAAGAUAAGAUUAAAGAGGAAAAAGAUUCCAAACAUGAAAAAACUACUCCAUCUAUUCAUAAGCUUGGGAAAAUUCCCAAAUUAAGUGACAUCAAAAAAGAAAAGCCAUCAAUUUCAAUAGAAGUCCGAAAACCUGAGGACCCAAAGCCGAAAACUGUUAAAACUUUUCACUCCAAAUUUAGAACUCAUGGCUUAGAAGAAGAAAUAAAACCACCUCCGUCGAGAGCCGCGAUAUUAAGCAAUAAAAAACCACCUCCAGCUCUACCACCUACCGUUUCAAUACCCAAGAGAAAUUCUCCUGUUCAUUCUGAUUCACCACCCGAAAAGAAGGCCAAAACAAUGGAAAUACCCAAAAUUGAGGAAAAAAUUGGAUCUAUAAAACUAAUUCCACCUAAACCGAAACCCAUGGUACUUCAAGAAAGUGACAUGUUUAUGGAUGCUCUGAAUGCUUCAGCUACUAAUAAGAAAGAACCAAAAAAAAGAAAACGACGUACCAGUGGAUCUAAGGAUGGCAAUGCACCAAACGAAGGGUCUCCACCACACACGCCUACAUCUAUUACAAGUCCAAGUAGUGAAAGUAAGUCGGUCCCUCCGAGAUUUUAUCAAGACACUUUAGAUAAUGAAGAAAAAUCCAAGGACAAGAAUUCUGACAAUAAUGAAAACACGGAAGCAGCUUCUGAUACCGCAAAUAAAGUGGAUUCUGAAGAACCACACACGUUAACAAUAAAUGGUUUAAAGGGUGUUCUUUGCUAUCAUAAGAGGAAAGGACCCAAAAAAAGCAUUAGAUGGAAACCCGACUCGGAGUUGGAAGAGGUACAAUAUUUCGAGCUUGAUGAAACUGAAAGAGUGAAUGUCACUAAAACAUUUACAGACAUGAAAUAUCUAGAAAGAAUACAUGAAAGAGAAGCAUUUGAAAAGGCAAGAAAUCUCAUUAAUGAUGACGUCAUGGAGGAAAAGACUAGUUGGAAACCUUUAAUACUCAUAGACGUUGCAGGUCAAACUCCUGUAGAGUAUGGUAAGAACAGUAAAGAAAAAGAUAUACAAGCGAUAAGACAAAAAGGAACUCUACAACCACUGUACUUUUAUAAAUCAAUGAUACCUGAUUCACCCCUAGAACCUGAUCCUGAAACACAUACUUAUUCGGAGCCGAAUAUAAUACCCCUAGAAGACGUAACUGGUAAUCAAGAUAAUAUUAGUGAUUUUAGGAAUAUGCCUUGGCCAGAGCCUAAGGGGAAUGCACCUCCUAUUACACCGAAUAACGCAAAUGUCGCUCCUCUCUUUCCAACAAAUGUACCUCAAUUUCCAAACACUUUCCCCGGCACACAGUUUCCAGUAGUUCCUAAUUUCCAACCUCCCCCUAUAAUGACUGGAGAAUGGCCAAAUGGAGUUCCGCCUAUGAUGCAAAAUGGUAUGCCUGGUGCUAUGGUGGCUCCUGGCAUGCCACCAGGACCAAUGCAACCCGGUAAUAUGCCACCAGGUAUGAUGGUACCUCCAGACAACAUGAUGAUGGGCCCAGACAUGUUUGGACCACCAAAUCCUAUGUUUCCAGUGGGACCAGACGGUUUCAAUAUGCAACAAAACAUGUUCCCCGUAGACUUUAAUAUGGGAGGCCCACAAGGACCACCAGGGCCUGAUGGUUUUGGGGGUCCAGGUAAUUUUCGUGGAGCCAUGCGGGGUCGUGGCUCUGCUGGUCACUGGCGAGGUAGAGCAGGUGGAAACAGUUGGGAUAUGGCAUCACAAAGAGGUCGAGGCGGUCGUGGAGGUGGUCGUAAAAGUGUUUGUAUAUAUUUUCAAAGGAAAGGUUCAUGUCGACAAGGAGAUAACUGUUCCUUUUUACACCCUGGGGUAAAUGGCCCGUUUUAG